AUGCAGUCCCAACCACCACAGGAAGGCAGUCAUGUCCUUAUUAUUGGGGCCGGAAUUACAGGACUAAUCUUGGCCCAGACUCUAAAAAAGGAAGGAAUUCGGUACUCCAUCUUUGAGAGAGAGGUAGCACUCAACUAUCGCAGCAAUGAGUGGACGAUGGCCAUCCAUUGGUCCCUAGAUCGCCUUGAACGCCUGCUUCCAGGCGAUCGUUUCGAGAAUAUGAAGCAGGUUUCUUGUAACCCUGCCAUCGCAAUCGAUACAGGCGGCAACUAUCCUAUUAUCCAUGGGGAAUCGGGAAGCCUUCUAACGGGAGUACCGUAUACGAAAGGGUUGCGUGUCCCGCGAAGUAAGAUGCGACAGUUAUGUGCUGUGGGUAUCGAUGUCCAAUAUGGGAAGAACCUGAUAGACGUUACCUUUAUCGAAGGUGGCAAGGGAGUGGUGGCAUCUUUUGCAGAUGGAAGUAUGGUUUCUGGUUCUAUUCUUGUCGGUACUGAUGGACCUCGAUCCAAGGUGAGAGAAUUUGUGACGGGAAGCGCAGAGAAAGCUGCUGUCAGCCGAUUUCCUAUCUUUCACACGAACAUGAGCGUUACAUAUAAUGAUGCGGCGAAGGCUCUGUAUCUUCGCCAUAGGUUUCCUACGAGCUACUUGGCACUUAGUGACAAAUCCUUCCAUGCUUUCCAAUCAAUCUCUAGCAUGCCGGAAGGGCCAGAUCACCCGGAAUCAUGGAUCUUUCAUCUGGCAAUGGCAUGGUUCUCAGAUGGGGAUGACCCCCUUACCUACAAGGAAAGACUCGACUUGAUUCGUACAAAAGCUGAGACACUAGGCGAACCCGCGCAUUCAGCAUUUACCUGGAUUCCGGACGAUACCCAAAUUCAUAAGGCAGAUAUCGGUUACUGGAUCCCUGAGCCAUGGGAUAACCGACAAGGACAAAUCACUCUUGUUGGGGAUGCAGCACACCCAAUGCCUCCGUACAGAGGUCAAGGCUUGAAUCACUGUAUCUGUGACGUCUCAAAUCUCCUCGAGGGGCUUCGAGCAGUUACAUCCGGCCACUCUACCCUCUCUGAAGCGAUAGCAGCAUACGAAAGCGAGAUGAUUCCGCGCGGCCAGGAGGAGGUAAAGUGUUCGAUAGAAAAUGGAUACAUGCUACAUGAUUGGGAAAAGGUACAAGAAAGCCCUGUAUUCCGGAAUGGCUUCAGACCGAUGGAGGGGCAUGAUAAACCCGAGAGCAAGAAAGAAGACCUCCCAGUUGAUCAACAGCAGGCACAAACCGUCUAA